AUGAGUGAUAAAAUGAGGGCAAUAGACAUCAAGGGGGGAAGGGGCCCCAAAGAGAAUUUGUUCAUCAAUGCAGAUACGCCCAAGCCAACACCCAGCGAGGGUGAAGUUCUUGUAAAGAUUAAGGCAUUCGGGAUCAAUCGUAUGGACCAGAUUCAACGCCUCGGCGACUAUCCCCUUCCGCCACAGGCACCCAAAACGCUCGGCGUAGAAUUCAGCGGUAAAAUCGAAUCGUUCGGACCAGGAGACCGUGGCACUUUCAAGGAAGACGACGAGGUUUUUGGCCUGGCAUAUGGAGGUGCAUACGCUGAGUACAUCGCCGUGAACCACAAGAUGCUACUGCAUAAGCCAGCCGACCUUACCUGGGAGCAGGCUGCCGGUAUUCCAGAGACUUGGAUCACCGCAACACAGGCCCUUUUCAUUGUUGGAGAAUUCUUUGCAGGCAAGUCAGUACUUUGGCAUGCUGGGGCUUCCAGCGUUUCCGUUGCCGGUAUCCAACUGGCAAAAGACGCUGGCGCAUCCGCCAUAUAUGCAACAGCGGGGUCCCAGGCGAAAUGCGACUUUGUUGUCCGGGAUUUAGGCGCAACGGCAGCCUUCAAUUACAAGACAGAAGACUGGGCUGAGCGAAUCAAAGAAGCAACAGGUGGCAAGGGAGUGGACAUCAUUGUGGACUUCAUUGGUGGCGGUUACUUCCAGAAGAACCUCGACGUCGCAGCACGAGACGCUCGUAUUGUGGUGUUAGGACUGUUGGGCGGAGGCAGGAUUGAGGGUGCAGACAUCGAUCAGCUACUCUACAAGAGGAUCCGGAUGGAGGGAAGCACCUUGAGAAGCAGGGAUGUUGAGUAUCAGGGGAGGUUACGGGAUCGCCUUGAAGAGUAUAUCCCGCGCUUUAAGAUGGGGAAGCUUAAAGUGGUAAUUGAUACGGUAUUGCCGUGGGAGGAGAUACAGAAAGCUCACGGUAUGCUGGAGGAUAAUGCCAACUCGGGAAAAAUCAUUUGCACCAUCUCUUAG